AUGUCUGUCGCAGCCCCCUCCCCUGCUGCGUUGGUCGAGUCGGCCAAGAAAGCCGCUGCCACCCAAGCCGUCGAUGAACACCUGCUCCCGAGCCAUCGCUACGUCGGCAUUGGCUCCGGCAGUACCGUCGUCUACGUGGUGGAAGCCAUCGUGGCCAAGGGAGUCGACUUUUUCAAGAACAUGGUCUUCAUACCCACAGGCAGCCAAUCCAAGGGUCUGAUCCGCACUGCUGGGCUCACCCUGGCAAACCUCGAUGAGAGGCCCGUUGUCAAUGGCAGGCCUGUGCAGCUUGAUGUUUGCUUUGACGGCGCGGAUGAGGUUGACGCUGAGCUCAACCUGAUCAAGGGUGGCGGCGCCUGCCUCUUCCAGGAGAAGCUGGUUGCUAUCGCGGCCAAGACUUUUGUCGCCGUGGCGGACUACCGCAAGCAGUCACCACGACUCUGCACUACAUGGAAGAACAUUCCUAUCGAGGUUCUUCCCCUCUCUGCACCAGAUGUCCUUCUUCGUCUCCAGGCUUUGGGCUCUCCAGCACCUGCCGUCCGCUCGGGUCUCCCCAGCAAGGCUGGUGAGUGCGUCACGGACAAUGGUAUGUGGAUCAUCGACGCGCCUUUCCCACCGCUGCUGCUGCCCAGCGACCUGACACCCGGGGUCGAUGGCCUCGGCAAGGGCGGUAUUUGGGAGGUAAGCAAACUUGCCGACGAGUUGCUCCGCACACCUGGCAUCGUCGAGAUUGGCCUUUUCCAUGGCUUCAACGGGACCCAAGCAGUUGGUCUGGGUAAGGAGGGGCAGGCACAAAAGCCGGUUGCGGCCUACUUUGGCACGGCUGACGAUCAGAUCCAUCAGAUCCAGUCUGGUCAGGUCAUCGUCGACCUCUGUUCUGUCGUCAAGGAGCUCGUGGAAAACAGCAUAGACGCUGGUGCUAACAACGUUGAUGUCCGCUUCAAGAACCAAGGGCUCGACUUGAUCGAGGUGCAAGAUAAUGGUGGUGGAAUUGCGCCAGCAAAUUAUGAAUCUGUCGCUUUGAAGCAUCACACCUCAAAGCUGUCAACGUACGCCGACAUAGGAUCGCUAGACACCUUUGGCUUCCGAGGUGAAGCACUCGCCUCACUAUGCGCUCUUUCCACAAUGACGGUCACCACUUGCUUACCAAAGGAUGCCCCCAAGGCUUCUAAGCUCAGCUUUGAGCCUUCUGGCAAGUUGAAGGGGACGAAUGUGGUGGCCGCGCAAAAGGGGACAACCGUGUCCGUGGAGAAGCUAUUUCACAACCUCCCCGUACGCAGGAAAGAGCUUGAGAGGAAUAUCAAGCGGGAGUGGAACAAGGUCAUUGCUCUACUCAACCAGUACGCUUGCAUCCAAACGAAUCUCAAGUUCUCUGUAUCGCAGCAGCCUACCAAGGGCAAGCGGAUCGUCCUCUUCUCAACCAAGGGCAAUGCCGCGACAAAGGACAACAUUAUCAACAUAUUUGGCGCCAAGACCAUGACGGGCCUCGUGCCCCUGGAUUUAACGCUCGAAAUGCAGCCGUCGGCUGUCAGCUCUGUGCUCCAGCCACCGGUCGACAAUGGGCCAGUCUCCACCCAAGUCCGGAUUGUUGGGCAUGUGUCUCGACCAGCCCAAGGCGAAGGUCGUCAGACACCCGAUCGUCAAAUGUUCUUCAUCAAUGGACGGCCAUGCGGCUUGCCUCAGUUUGCCAAAGCCUUCAACGAGGUUUACAAGUCGUACAACUCGACGCAAUCGCCAUUCAUCAUGGCCGACAUUCAACUGGACACCCACAUGUAUGAUGUGAAUGUGAGUCCGGACAAGCGCACGAUUCUCCUCCAUGAACAGAAUCAGCUUCUCGAUUCACUCCGCUCUGCACUGGGCGACCUAUUCGACUCGCAGGACUACUCGGUACCAACUUCUCAGCUUGCUAGGACAAAGCAGAGUCCCUUUGGUCAGCGGGAUUCUGCAACACCCGCCCGAACCCAGACCUGGCGCGGUCAAGAUGUCACACCUGCUGCUGCGCCAGUUGACUCUGACUCUGACUCUGAUUCGGCAGAAGCAUCCCGUAGCAGUGCGUCUAGGGCACAUCUGUUGAGGAGCAGCCACUCGCGGACUCCCUCCGUCAAGGCUAGUACUAACAGAGCCGACAAUCUGAUCGACCGGUGGAUUCAACGGCGUGAUGCUACAGAAGCAUCUGACGGAGCGCGUACGCAGCAUGCUACGCCAUCACGUACAGCCAGACAGGAGCCUGUUUCGACAAGUACCAAAGAGAUUGAUGUCGAAGAGAAAAUCCCCAAGGACGAGGACGUGAGCAUGGCUGAACCCGAACCACGACAUCCUCUCGUCCACCAGUACAGCAACGAACCAGAGCUCUUCGUACCAGAGGCCGGUCCUCCCCAAUUACCCAUUCCCAAGGUGCAGCAUGUGAGGCAGGAAAUCCCCAAGUCAAGUCCGCUAGCGCAUCGAAGUCCUAGCAAACCAGCCUCAGAGCCUAUCAGCAUCACAAUCGGCGAUCCAGAGGUCCCAUCCAGUUCGCACAAGCGUCGUAGGGUCUUGUAUGACGCGCAUUCUGAUGGGACGGAGGACAUCGAAGAAGAAUCGUCGUCCGAUGAGGAGUUGCCAACAAAGCCGUCAUUCGGCGGCAGCCUAAGUCAAAAGUUCACGGCAGGUCUCAGGGGUCGCUCUGAAGACUCGGGCGUCAGUGAACGCCAAGCUACUGUUAUGGCACAACUUCCUAUAGAUGCACCAGAGCCCAAAUUGGUGGACGAAGACAAGGAAAACGUCAGAACCACCCAUCGUCAAGCCAGUUCACAAGCCGAGUCGAGUGUUGCAUCCGGGUCGUCUCACCACUCUGACGACAGACCAGAAGAAGGCUCUGCCAUCGAAGCCGGCGAGCAGAAUCAUGCACCAAGCACCAGAGCCGUGGACACUGAAGAUGGCGAGGACGCGGCUGCUUUCGCCAAGACUAGGGGCCACUCUCUUCAAGCGAGCUCACGUCGUAAAGACGCAACCCUGCAGAUUAUCCAGAGUGUCACGACUGGCGAGGGAGCGAUUCAGUCCAUGAUGACAACAUGGACCACUUCGUUGCGCCACACGACCUCGUCUCAAGCGGCGUCAACGAACGAAAUGGAGGACAUCACCUCGACAGACGCCGAGUCCAAACUGUCGCUCAUUAUCCAGAAAUCCGACUUUGGCGCGAUGCGCAUCAUUGGGCAGUUCAAUAUGGGCUUCAUCAUCGCUAUCCGCCCGGGCUCCCCCCGGUCCAACCAGCCCAAUGCAGACGAGCUCUUCAUCAUCGACCAGCACGCCUCGGACGAAAAGUACAACUUUGAGCGGUUGCAGGAUGUCACCAUUGUCCAGUCCCAGCGUCUGGUGCAUCCGAAGCGCCUCGAGCUCACGGCCCUCGAGGAGGAAAUCGUCAUGCAGAACCCCGAGGCCAUUGAGGCAAACGGAUUCAAGGUCAGCAUCGACACGAGCGGCGACACCCCCGUUGGGUCCCGCUGCCAACUCAUGGCCCUGCCACUCAGUCGUGAGACAACCUUUAACGUGGCGGACUUGGAAGAGCUCAUUGCGCUGUUGGGCGAGGAGUCUUCCGAGUCGAAGCACAUUCCUCGGCCGGCCAAGGUCAGAAAGAUGUUUGCUAUGCGUGCGUGUCGGAGUAGUAUCAUGAUCGGCAAGGCUCUGACGCGGAGCCAGAUGAGCAACGUUAAUGCAAAUGUGGGAUGA